GACAGCAGACGCGCCAUGGAAGGGACGGCGGAGAAAGACGGGAGCGGUACGCCUGCGUUUCCAAACCCCGACGUCUGCAAUGACCCUACGGCUCCAAGCGCCAUGGGCAGCCCAGCCCGGGGUCCUUUCGCGGUGUCGUCGCGAUUUGAGUGUAUGAGGUCCCCGGCGGAGCGAGAUGUGCGGCUGGAGGUGCCGGUGACAGGAGGAGAGAUGGAGACAGGCAGGGUGCUGAGCUCCGGGGGGCUCCGGCUCUUGGCCUGCUUCCUGGGAGUGUUUGUCUGUUACUUCUACUACGGCAUCUUACAGGAGACCAUAACACGCGGGACGUACGGAGAGGGGGAGAAGCAGGAGAAGUUCCGUUUUGCCCUGUCGCUUGUGUUUGUUCAGUGCGUUGUAAAUGCUUUAUUUGCCAAAUUUUUGAUCAGCUUUUUUGAUUCCGGGAAGGCUGACCGCACACAGAGCUGGCUCUAUGCGGCCUGUUCCCUGUCAUACCUGGGCGCCAUGGUGUCCAGCAACUCAGCACUCCAGUAUGUCAACUACCCCACGCAGGUUUUGGGGAAGUCCUGCAAACCUAUACCAGUCAUGCUUCUUGGAGUGACCAUCCUCAGAAAGAGAUAUCCUCUCACCAAGUACCUGUGUGUCCUCCUCAUAGUCCUGGGGGUCGCGCUGUUCAUGUACAAGCCCAAGAAGGCUGAUCCUACCAGUGAUGACCACCUCUUUGGUUAUGGAGAAUUCCUGCUGCUCCUGUCUCUGACGUUGGACGGACUGACGGGGGUGUCCCAGGAUCAUAUGCGGGCAAACUUCCAGACGGGCUCCAACCAGAUGAUGCUUCACAUCAACCUGUGGUCCAGCUUAUUCCUGGGAGCAGGUAUUGUGUUCACCGGGGAGGUCUGGGAGUUCCUGAGCUUCACGGAAAGGUACCCGAGUAUCAUCUACAACAUUCUGCUCUUCAGCCUCACCAGUGCACUGGGCCAGACCUUCAUCUUUAUGACGGUGGUGUAUUUUGGUCCCCUGACGUGUUCUAUCAUUACGACCACUCGGAAGUUCUUCACCAUCUUGGCCUCGGUUAUAUUAUUCUCCAACCCGAUCAGCGGCCUGCAGUGGAUGGGGACCAUGCUGGUGUUUCUCGGUUUAGGACUCGAUGCCAGGUUUGGAAAAGGAUCCAAGAAGCCGUCUCACUGACGCCUCAUUCCAGGAGCCUUCUUUAAGUGACGUGAUCUGACCUCAUUCACUGUUCUUCAAUAAUCUGUUUUUUUUUUUUUACCAGAAAUGUGGGUUUUGGACUAAUUUUAUUCAUGGAAUUUUAAGUCAGAGUGGGGAGGGGGAAUAUUAAAAGAUGUCGAAACAC